UUUAGGUAAUGUCAAAAUGAAGUUAUUUUUGGUAGUGCUAUUGAUUGUUUGUGUUUUGCAACUCACUUACGUUUUUGCAUGGAAAAACAGAAAAUCGUUCCCAAAUGAAUGUAGACAUAAAGAGUAUGGUGUUUUCAAAAUUGGUCAAAGUAAACUACACCACAAAAAAUGUGCAGUGGUGAUAUGCAGGUCUACCGGAAAAUUAACCAGUCUCCACUGCAAUGCACACGCCAAGGCUGAAAAGGGAUGUAAGAUGCGCAAGGGAGAUAGGGAAAAACCCUUUCCAGACUGUUGCCCAAAGCCCUCAUGUCCCAAUAAAUACUAAUAAAUUAUUUAGUUCAGAUUAAACAUUUUUGAGAAAACUGAAAAAAAAACAAA